AGACCCUGAGAGUGUUGGAGGCUGUCCACUUAACAAGAGAAACACUAUGUCAACACUGGUGCAUGUAAGGACAACUUAUGCCUAUUUCAUCCAUGGGCUGCAAUGAAAUGAAGGCAACAUCUUAUGAACAUGACAGAAAAAAAAAGAGGUUAACUGAAAUAUGGCUGCUUUGCAAAACUUCACCCAUGCUCUGGAAGAGACUUUCAAGAAGAUUUUCAUUGACUAUAUGAACAAUUGGCGUAAAAAUACCUCAAUGGAACAAAAUGCUUUGCAAGAACGAGUUGAUGCUGAAAAUUUAGAUUAUGUAAUUUUGUAUCUUAUGGUAAUGAUUGGCAUCUUCUCUUUUAUUAUUGUGGCAAUUUUAAUAAGCACAGUGAAAUCAAAGAGACAAGAGCAUUCCAAUGACCCUUAUCAUCAGUACAUUGUGGAUGAUUGGAGCGAAAAGCUAAAAAACCAGAUUCUUUUCCAAGAUGAUCUUAAAUCCGUUGUCCAUGAAAAUUGUGGAGCAAAGGGCAAAGGUAGUCCAUAAUUACCAAAAACUGAAUUAUGCAUUGAAGAACUGGGAUCCCUAAUAUAGUGGCUUUAAUAUUAAUAUGCUAGAGCUUGUAUUCUAUACAUAAUUAUAGGAUACUGGAUUAAAUUAAAUAUUAAGAUUCAAUAUCUACAGGCAGAGCACUAACCAACUAUGCACUUACUGGAAUCAAAACAAAGCUUUCUAGACAUCUUCAUCAGUUCAAGAAAUUACAAAGUGGGUUAAAUCAGGGAAGCUAGUUUACAUUCUGAAAUUCCAGGCACUCUUUUAAGAAUUAUUACAAGAUUGAGUGAUUAAAUGAAGAUCCUUCAAAGAAAUUAUAACAAAUUAUAAAAAUACAUUGACUGCUUUGUUGAAGAAAAUCGGUGAUUCUAUGCAGACGCCAUGAUAUCCUUUUAUUAGAGGGAUUUUUAAUUUUCACCACCGCCACCACUCUAUUUGUGUGUGUGUGUGCUUCAACUACCGUGCCAAUGGAAGAAGCCAGAGGACCAAAAUUCUCUUACCUCCAUUUCUGUUCUGCUUCAUGAAGCUGUAACUGGACCGUUUCUGCUCAGUAAAACCCUUGGAAUCUGCCACCCAGGAAGAGAGAAAAAAACUGGAAUAAUUAUCUUUGGGUCUGUAGGCGAAAAGGUUGGCAGUUUGAGAGCCAAGAAGCACAUAAUGGGGUGAGCUCCCAUUCUUGCCUGAGCUCCUGACUACCUAGCAAAUCAAAAGCUUACCAAUGUGAGUAGAUAAAUAGGUAUCACAUCAGUGGGGUGGUAACAACAUUCCAUGCACCUUGGCUUAUAGUCAUGCUGGUCACAUGACUAUGGAAGUGUCUUUGGAGAAUGCUGGCUCCCUCAGCUAGGAAACGAAGAUGGGCACCACCCCUUAGAGUCAGAAUCAACUGAACAGAGGAAACCUUUACCUUACUGAUUUUAUGAAAUGGGUAUCAGCUGCUUUUUCUGUGAAUCAGAUGAAAAACACGGGAAGUUGAAUCAGUAGGAUUCCACCCUUUACUAAGGAACUUAUUAAUAGAAUAACUGAACGUUUUGUUUUAUGUAACCUAAAAUUACAGUUCUUUUGUGACUCUAUGACUUUUAUGAUAUCCAAUCCAUUUAGAAUCCAUUAACACUGUGAGUUGUAGUUGUUAUAUGGUUCUUAUCUGAUAUUUCAAAUGUAUAAAGGUUAUUACUAUAUGUAGUAGCACUUUUUGUUUAGAGGCUUCUUAUCUUUCAGCAGUCUACACUGUGAUUAAUUAUACGUUGCUUAAUAAAUACAAUUUUUCAGUGCAAAGAAAGAAAAAAGGAAGCGAUUUGAAUUUUGCUUCUGGGGUGUGGCAGACAAUGUUAUAUUGAG